UGCUCUGUUAUUUCUUCCAAAGAUAUACUUGAAAAAAGGAUCUGUGACCCAAUGGAUCAGGGAAACUACACCAGAGUGAAAGAAUUUAUUUUCCUGGGAAUUACUCAGUCUCAAGAGCUGAGCUGGGUCUUGUUUGGCUUCUUGUUUUUGGUGUACAUGACAACUCUGCUGGGAAACCUCCUCAUCAUGGUCACUGUGACCUGUGAGUCUCACCUUCACACCCCCAUGUACUUCCUGCUCCGCAAUCUCUCUGUGCUUGACAUCUGCUUCUCCUCCAUCACUGCUCCCAAGGUCCUAGUUGAUCUUCUAUCAGAGAGAAAAACCAUUUCCUUCAAUGGCUGUGUCACCCAAAUGUUCUUCUUCCAUCUUCUUGGAGGAGCAGAUGUUUUUUCUCUCUCUGUGAUGGCCUUUGAUCGCUAUGUAGCCAUCUCAAGACCCCUUCACUAUAUGACUAUCAUGAGUAAGGGACGAUGUACUAGCCUGGUGCUGGCCUCCUGGGUGGGGGGCUUUGUCCACUCCAUCGUGCAGAUUUCUCUGUUGCUGCCCCUCCCCUUCUGUGGACCCAAUGUUCUUGACACGUUCUACUGCGAUGUUCCCCAGGUCCUCAAACUCGCCUGCACCGACACCUUCACUCUGGAGCUCCUGAUGAUUUCCAAUAAUGGACUGGUCAGUUGGUUGAUUUUCUUCUUUCUCCUCAUAUCUUACACAGUCAUCCUGAUGAUGCUGAGGUCUCACGCAGGGGAGGGAAGGAGGAAAGCCAUCUCCACCUGCACCUCCCACAUCACCGUGGUAACCCUGCACUUUGUGCCCUGCAUCUAUGUCUACGCCCGGCCCUUCACUGCCCUCCCCACAGAUACUGCCAUCUCUGUCACCUUCACCGUCAUCUCCCCUUUGCUCAAUCCUAUGAUCUACACACUGAGGAAUCAGGAAAUGAAGUCAGCCAUGGGGAGACUAAAAAAACGACUAGGGCAUUCAGAAAGGAUUUAA